ACGUAGUCUGACUCCAGGUUACUGCAAAGAUGUGGGGACUCCUGUUCUCAUUCGCUGUGCUCAGCGCAUGGCCGGCUUGUUCACUAGGUAAACCUGAGUUUCUAACUGUCUUCGACGGUUGGGAAAUGUAUAAGGUUCGUACCAAUGCCACUAUGACUAACGAGAACGUCCAGAACACAUGCCGGGCAGUUGGGCUGUGGUACCCCUGCUACUACACCGGCCACGAGACGUGUUCCACAUUCUAUAGACCAGAAUGCAUCAAACUUGACGGCUCUAGCAGCAACAGCUGUCGUACCCUGAGUGCCUUCUCCCACUCGCUGUGUGGGACUGUGGACGCUCACAAGUGCAAGGCCCUUGAUGACAUCUUCGUGUACCAGCCCGGAUACCAAAGCGCGCACGGCGUUGACUACGACGCUGGAGAGUGGAACAUGUUUGGAACGAAUCACACAGACAAGUACGCGCUGUGUGGAGGUCAGCAAGAGUACCUGACAACCUGGGGCAGGUGGGCCUUUCAUAAAGUUCGCGUAAACGGGCUUAUGUCCAGUACCAACAUGCGAGCCACCUGUGACUUGGUUGGGAUGAGCUACACCUGUUACGGCACAGGUGUGGGCACCUGCACAUCCUCAUGGUCAUCCGAUUGUAUCCGCUUUGACCAUGUCGAUGACACCUGUCAAAACACCCUGGAGCUCCUCUCGUCUCUGAUGUGUGGAACCACCGACGCCUCCAGUUGUCAGCCCCUCUUAAAUGUCUAUACGAUACGUGGCAGUUACGGCUAUGGCGUGUCGGAAACAGGCUAUGACACCAGUGGAUCCGACGAUAACGACAAGUACGCCCUAUGUGCAGUCAGACAAUGCGACAUCUCUCCAUGUGUUCAUGGGACCUGCAGUGUGCACGACCAGAACUUCACAUGUCUGUGUGACUCCGGUUGGAAUGGAACUUACUGCGAUACAUUGAUUGACAGCUGUGACAGCAAUCCUUGUUUGUCCGGUGGAACCUGUGUGAAUGAGGAGAACGGCUACAGCUGCAUCUGUCCUCCAACAGCAACAGGGAACAUCUGUGAAACAGUGCUUCACACCGACAAGUGCUACUGGAUCUCCAACAGCCCUCUGUCUAACCAAGACGCCUCCGUAAUGUGUUUAAAAAUGGAGGGUCAUCUGGCCAAAGUCAACGACCCUGUUGACCAACAAGUUCUGAUCAGCUACCUGGACGAUGGACGAAACAUCUCGUACUGGACGUCAAACAAGAUUUCUCCUACGUCGAUGUGCACAUGUGAGAAUGGAUCACCCCUGUCAAGUGACGCCCCGCCCCCGUGGGUAUACUCUACUGCUAACGCGGACACGUGCGUGUUGCUUGAUGCUGAAGUUGGCUACACUGGAACCUACCAACCAUGCACAGAGGAACACAACUUCGUCUGUCAGUCAAAAUGCGAUGCUCCUAAAUACUGA